UAUUUGCGGACCAGAACACGUUUGACUGAGACAUGGGCAACAUGGGACAUCUAGCACUUCUCAUCGGUGUUAUGAUUGCAUUGUUUACAACACACUGUCACGGAAUGGAACCUGUGAACAAUCGUACACGUGAAAGAGUGUUUGUGAUUUUCGGGGAAUACAAGGACCAGUUGACCUUAAAGAUACAGCCAUUUCCAAAAACUGCGCAUGAAUUUCAUAGGUUGGCAGGAAGGGAAACGAGAAGUCAGAUUAUACAGGAAGGAAGAAGAGCACUUGAUCACUUUAAGAAUAAAUUUGGACUGGAUCUGAGUGAUUUGAUAACUGAUGACGCGAUAUACAAUGGCACUGACGUAGUCCUUGGGAAUGUUACAUUCACAACUCUAACUGUCGCAUAUAAUGUAAAUCCAUAUCGUUUGGUUAUGGAGUCAAAUGGCAAAAAGGCGCGCUUUUACGAAAACCCGCCAUUGAUAAAAGAAAUUAUACUCGUUCUUCUGAUAAAUGAGCAAUUCAAAGCAGGAGGUACAUAUAACAAGACUCUUUAUCCAGGAGAAUAUUUAUUGUGGGGAGAUUACAUCUUUACGACACCACGUGGUUUAAAUGUGAUCCAUUUUCGCAACAAUCCAAUGACGCCCUUUGGUGGAGGACACGGUAUCAUCAAACACCGUAAAUAUGGGAAAGGUUUCCUUCAGCUGUCCAUAGUGAAACAUGACGAUGGUAUAACCAGAGCAGUAAAUGUUCUUCGUUUUCCGCGGCUGAAUAAUACCAAAAAACUUAAAUUAUAAAUUUCUGUAUGAAUAUCAAUUUUCUGGAGCGUUUGAAAAUAAUGAUUAAAAUAUGCUUCAAAUAAUGUUUUGAGUUCCUUUAUAUCUAGGUAUCAGCAUACAAAAUUUGAACCAAAUCUGUCCACUGGUAUUUGAAUUAUAAAAGAUCGUCUUUUUUACAAAAAAGGCGGCCAUUUUGAAUUCAGCUAUCAUCUCUCAAUUUCUUCUCAAGCAGAGCUCUUUUGUCGCUAUAGCUAGAUAUUGUACGGACAUCAUCACUGUUCCACAACUAGUUGCUUUUACGGAACGUCAAUGUAACAAAAUGGAUGAACUUCCUGGAUAUUUUCUCGAUUUAAACUUACGUUGAAGUCAUGUUGCGGAUCAUCAUUUGGCACAAAGUUAGACAGUAUAGUCUAGGUUUUAGGAAUGCUCUC